GCGCGCGGCGAGGGGCCGCGGGGCCGCCUUCGGGGCGCGCAUGCGCACUGUCCCGGCUCGGGCGAUGAGCGGCACCCGGGCCUUGGGCCGCGUCGGGGGCGGCUGGCGGCGAUGGACAGGGGCGCGCGCGGCGACCCGGGAUGCAGGCUUUGGCGCCGAGGCCCGGUCGCGGCCGCCUGGGGACCAGCCUUUCCCGGGCCUGCUGCCGUCCGAGACCCUCAGCCGGGAGCAGCUGGUGGACGUGCUGAGGGCGGCCGUGGUGGACCGGAAAGGACCUCUGGUGACACUCAACAAGCCACAGGGUCUGCCGGUGACAGGAAAACCAGGAGAGCUGACAUUGCACUCGGUGCUGCCAGAGCUGAGCAGGUCCCUGGGGCUUGGGGAGUCGGAAUUCCAGGUCGUCCAAGCGCCUGGGAAGGAGAUCUCUGGGCUUGUACUCCUCUCCAGCUGUGCCCAGACAGCAAGCCGCCUGCACGAGUUCUUCACGCACUCACGGAGAGCCCACAGACCCACAGCCACCUACUGGGCCGUCACUGAUGGGAUCCCAGCCACACCCGAGGGAGAGAUCCAGGCAGCGCUGAAGCUGGAGCGCGCUGACGGGGUUGAUCUCGUCCUUCCCGUGAAGCCCCCAUCCCGGAGGGACGUCCUGGCAAGUGUCAAGAGGACCCUCAGCCACUUCCGCGUGGUGGCCACAGGCUCUGGCUGUGCCCUCGUCCAGCUGCAGCCUCUGACAGGUCCUGGAUGGAGCUCUCCUCCGACGCCUCCAGCUGACCCCCUCUCAGGCUGCCCAGCUGCCUCUGCACCUGCACCUACGCCGUCUCCUCCUCCCGGGCACGAGGCCUGGGGAUGCCCCCACCCAGCUUCUGGCCCCCCCGCCGCCCUAUUUCUCCAGGACGCUGCAGUGCCUGGGGCUCUGCCAGCAGCAGUCCCUCCUCUGCUCCUGAUGCCCCUGGGGGUGGGCCUGGGGCUACGGCCAGGCUGCAGGAUGGCAUGCACUGAGGCCCUGGGCUCCCAGGUCCUCCAAACCCAAGGUCAGAGCCGGGCCAUCUCCCUGGCCUUGAGAUAAUCCAAGUUCCUACCUCGUGGUAUGCUGUUGAGGGUUUGCUGCAGGGUUGGUCACGGACCACGCAUUCUGCCACACUGGAAUGCCUUUUUCAGUGGUUUCUCCUGAUCCUGGUCGGGAGGAGGUAUUAGAUAAAAAUAAAAAUAGUGGUAAAAUACACAAAACUUUACCACAUUCUCAUGCGAACACCACAUCCACCUGCAGAAAUGUUGUCUUGCAGAGCUAAAACGCUGCCUGUUAAAACACUGACUCCCCAUUACCCCUGCCCAAUCCCUUCUGUCUCUGUGAAAUUGAGUGGUCUAGGUACCUGGUAAGCAGAGACAGUAGGUAUUUUACUUUUUAAAACACAUGUGAAACAGGCAUUUGGAGCAGUGGUUGGCACACAGCUCGUAUCAGAGUCCCUGGGCUCAAGUUCUUGUUCCGAUCCCACCUCCAGCUAAUACGCACCCUGGGAGGCUGGCUCCAGAACUUGGGUUCUCACCACCCAGGUGGGAGGCUGGAGUGAACUGCUGGCUGCUGUCGGGCAUGCAACUGCCCUGACUGUUGAAGAAACUGGGAGUGAACCAACAAACUGAAGGUCUCUCUUGGCCUUUCCAAUAAUGUUUUGUAAAAACAACUAUAUGAGACUAACUGCGCUAAAACAUUUCUGUGAUUUAAAGAAUAAUGAUAUGGGGCUGGUAGUGUGGCACUUGCAAUCCAGCUCCCUGCUAAUGCACAUGGGAAGGCAGUGGAAGAUGGCCCAAGUACUUGGGCCCCUGCACCGCAUGGGAGACCCAGAUGACGCUCCUGGCUUCAGCCUGGCCCAGCUCAGGCCCUUGUGCCAUUCCAGGAAUGAACCAGCAGAUGGAAAGAGCUCUCUUCUUUGUUUUCUUUUUCUCUUCUUCUUCUUUUUUUUUUUUUUUUUUUUUGACAGGCAGUUAGAGACAGAGGGAAAGGUCUUCCUUCCGUUGGUUCACCCCCCAAAUGGCCACUAUGGCUGGCGCUGUGCCUAUCCGAAGCCAGGAGCCAGGUGCUUCUUCCUGGUCUCCCAUGCUGUGCAGGGCCCAAGCACUUGGGCCAUCCUCCACUGCCUUCCCAGGGUACAGCAGAGAGCUGGACUGGAAGAAGAGCAACCGGGACAGAAUCCGGUGCCCCAACGGGGACUAGAACCUGGGGUACUAGCGCCACAGGUGGAGGAUUUAGUCUAGUGCUGCUGGCCAAGAGUUCUUUUUCAACAUUUCUCCAUAACUCUGCCUUUCAAAUAAAUAAAAAUAAGCCUUAUGAAAAAACA